UCCCCUAGUGAAGACAGGACGUGCGCCGCCGUGUGCUGAGCGGGUGACUUGGCUGUGUAGUGAUCGCAACGAGCCUUAGGUUGAUCUGCUGGGGUGGGUGUAGUGGGAGUUGUAAACAUUAGUACCGUGGCGGAUUAUAUUAUGAUAGUGGGGUCUAUGAGCGAGGCGGUUGGACACCCAGGCGCCCCACACCUGGCACCGCCGACGCUGCCGCCGCAGUCCUCGCUCUCCCCACCCGGUGCCAUGCUGCCCUCCUUCGGCUUCACGCAAGAGCAGGUUGCAUGCGUCUGCGAAGUCUUGCAACAGAGCGGCAACAUCGAAAGGCUAGGUAGAUUCCUCUGGUCCCUGCCUGCGUGCGAACACUUACACAAGAAUGAAUCCGUCCUCAAAGCCAAGGCUCUCGUGGCCUUCCACCGUGGCAACUUUAAGGACCUUUACCGAAUUCUUGAGUCGCACAAUUUCUCACCGCAGAACCACGGGAAGCUCCAGCAGCUGUGGUUGAAAGCGCACUAUAUCGAAGCAGAGAAGCUCCGCGGGCGGCCGCUGGGCGCCGUGGGCAAGUACCGCGUGCGGCGCAAGUUCCCUCUCCCGCGCACGAUUUGGGACGGCGAAGAGACAUCGUACUGCUUCAAGGAGAAAUCGCGGAACGUUUUACGGGAGUGGUACGCGCACAACCCGUACCCUUCGCCGCGGGAGAAGCGGGAGCUGGCCGAGGCGACGGGACUCACGACGACGCAAGUGUCCAACUGGUUCAAGAACCGCCGACAGCGUGACCGAGCUGCCGAGGCAAAAGACGG